CUGCCCCAUGUGACCGGGUCCGACAUGGUGUCGCCUCCUCUCGAGGCGGCGGCGGCGGCGGCGGCGUCUUCGGCUCCGCUGCGUGUCGAGCCGGCCCCGCGGCCGCUCAUGGGCAGCCAGGGCCGCUCGGGUGUCCCCGGGCACCGCGGACCCCGGGAAGGCGAGGGCGGGGAGGCGAGGGAACCGCAGGAGGCCAGGGUCGCGCGGGGAAAGCGAGGGAAGGGGAAGGGGAGAGCGGGCACCGGGCACGGCGGAAGAGGAAGCGGGGCGGAAGGGAAGCCGGGCCUGCAGCCGGCGAGGACGGCAGCGGGGCCGGGGGCUGAGGCGGGCCCGGGGCAGGAAGCAGAGGAAGGCGGAGGCGUGGAGCAAGGGCCGGGAAGCUCCGGGAAGCGGGAUGAGGGGAGCGCAGGGCCCGGGAAGGAGGAGGAACGGAGGGUCGGGCCCGGGCGGCGGGAGGACGGCAGCCUGGAGAGAGCACGGGGGCGUGGGUGUCGGGCGUGGGGCGGCGUCCCGGGGCCCCGGGCGGCCAUGGCGGCGGCCGCCGAGGAGGCGGCGGCGGCGGCUGCGGAGCCGGCCGCACGUCCGGCCGCGGGGCCCGCGCUCUGGCGCCUGCCCGAGGAGCUGCUGCUGCUCAUCUGCUCCUACCUCGACAUGCGGGCCCUCGGCCGCCUGGCCCAGGUGUGCCGCUGGCUGCGCCGCUUCACCAGCUGCGACCUGCUCUGGCGCCGGAUAGCCCGGGCCUCGCUCAACUCCGGCUUCACGCGGCUCGGCACCGACCUGAUGACCAGCGUUCCAGUAAAGGACCGAGUGAAGGUGUCUCAGAACUGGAGACUGGGGCGCUGCCGAGAGGGGAUCCUGCUGAAGUGGAGAUGUAGUCAGAUGCCUUGGAUGCAGCUGGAGGAUGCUUCUCUGUACAUAUCUCAGGCUAAUUUCAUCCUGGCCUACCAGUUCCGCCCAGAUGGUGCCAGCUUGAACCGUCGACCCUUCAGAGUCUUCGCUGGGCAUGAUGAGGACGUCUGUCACUUUGUGCUGGCAAACUCGCAUAUCAUCAGUGCAGGAGGAGAUGGGAAGAUUGGUGUUCAUAAGCUCCAUAGCACCUUCACUGUCAAAUACUCAGCUCAUGAGCAGGAGGUGAGCUGUGUGGACUGCAAAGGAGGCGUCAUUGUGAGUGGCUCCAGAGACAGGACAGCCAAGGUAUGGCCUUUGGCUUCGGGCCGACUAGGGCAGUGCUCACACACCAUCCAGACUGAAGACCGAGUCUGGUCCAUUGCUAUCAGCCCACUACUCAGCUCUUUUGUGACAGGAACAGCUUGUUGUGGGCACUUCUCACCUCUGAGAAUCUGGGACCUCAACAGUGGGCAGCUGAUCACACAUCUGGGCAGUGAUUUUCCCCCAGGGGCUGGGGUGCUGGAUGUCAUGUAUGAGUCCCCCUCUACACUGCUGUCCUGUGGUUACGACACCUAUGUUCGCUACUGGGACCUCCGCACAAGUACCCGGAAAUGCGUCAUGGAGUGGGAGGAGCCCCAUGACAGUACCUUAUACUGCCUGCAGACUGAUGGCAACCACCUGCUUGCCACAGGCUCCUCCUACUACGGUGUUGUGCGGCUGUGGGACCGGCGCCAGAGGGCUUGUCUGCAUGCCUUCCCGCUGACGUCAACUCCACUCAGCAGUCCUGUGUACUGCCUGCGAUUCACCACCAGGCAUCUCUAUGCUGCACUGUCUUACAAUCUCCACAUCCUAGACUUUCAGAACCCAUGACAAACCACCCCUGCCUCUGGGCUGGGCAAGUAAGCUACUCAGGGACCUCUCUUGCCUGGCAGGUGACAUGACUGAUACCUCACUCCUCCUCCCAACCCUGCUGUGUUCCUAGACCCGUGGCCACAAUGCCCUAGCACCUGAAGCAACCGCCUCCUGGACACUGGGGCUGACUGAUGUAGCCCUCCCAGUGCCUCUGGUCUUAGGAAAAUGGACUUGAACUCAGGUGUGUACAAUAGAGCCAAAGUCAGGGCCUGGGCUGGCAAGGGCAACCCUCUCUCCAAGCCCUUCGUAGCACUAUAGCAGCCUGCAGAGUGAGGUGAGGGGCUCCCACCAUCCCAGCUAGAAAAAGAGGUGCAGUUAGUUGCUGGAAAUUCUGCUGGUACCAGCUGCCUCCUCAGUCAGGUCUCGACUUUGGCCAACUUCUUGGAGCUGGGGGCUCAUUUCUGAGACACUAGCCUGGUUUUGCUUUGAAACUAAGAAAAAGGACAAAGGACACCAGUCAGUUUGGGGUUCUGGGCUAGCCAUUCCUCAGGCCAGUUGUGGGAAAUGUGCUAUGAUUUUCAUUUUUGUAAAAAUAAAAUUUGGUUGUUCGCAAAUCUGA